AUGUCGACAGGAGCAGGUAUCCCCAGCUACCAGCAAGCCUGCCUGGCCCCUGACAACUACAACCCCGCCGUCUACCUAGUUGGCGUCGCCAGUUCCAACGCCGGCAUGCUUGAAGUCAACUACAUCUCCCUCACCAACGUCAACGCCCCCACUUCCCGGCCCUUCGGCAGCAACACCAACACCCCCAAAUGGUCCGCAGGAGCUCCCAAAGCCUGCUUCGCCGCCCCUUCCUCCAACCAAGCCAAUUCCGUCAUCAAGGUCGUCCAGUUUGGACGAGGGACUACCUAUAUGAGCUAUAUCUCACCCGAGGGAGUUGUUGCUGACCCGACAUCGUUUGCGGAUCUAGAGUGUCAGAGUCCAAAGCUGUUUGGCGACGAUACGAGUUUGUUCCCGUCGGCGGUCGAUCCUCUGCUCUCGGUCGGGACCUUCACCCCAACCAGCACGGGUAAUUCCCGGGGAUACUCUGUCAUCUUUGACAAGCAAGGCAAAGGGCAGGUGUUCUCUGCAACGGGAAGUGACCAGGCGACUGUCAACAACACCAUCUCCGUGCUCGUCUUGUCCAACCCAGGAAGUGUCAACAUGAACGGGAUUGUGCUCUCUUCCGAUGCCGUGAGUGUCACCAUGGGCGAGACUGGUUAUAUCUUGGAUAAGGCCAAGGAUACCAACGCGACUGUCCUCUACUCAAUCACCCCCAGCAUAUCCUCAACCCUACAAAAAGUCACUAACAGCGGCGGCGCUCCAGCCUUCUUCCCAUCCAUCGCAGUAACAGCCCUCAACAAACAGAUCGUCGUCUACUCUGCUCCUCCCGGCGGAACCCCAUACUUCAACAGCUUCGACACCACCACAGGGACCUGGGGCGGACUCAAUCUCAUCACCGCACCCGGACCAACUCCAUCAGGGCCACCCAUAGGCGCGAUCGUUGGAGGCGUCAUUGGAGGUCUGCUUGUGAUUGCCCUCCUCAUCUUCUUGUUUAUCCGUCGCCGUAACGACCACAGGCGUAAAGCAGGCGCUGCAACUAUCGCCAACGCAAACGUCGAUAAAUAUGCACCAGCGCCAUCUACCAGAGGCAUAACUCAGAUCCAUAACGGAGGAGUGGUUGUGCCCGUUCAAGGACAGAUCUUCCAGGGUCAACAUCAACAACAACAACAACAACAACAACAAGCUGGAUUCAACUACCAACCUCCUAUGGCCGACCCAUACGCUCAGGUCCAGAAACCCGAUAAGCCUUUGCAUGUACCCUACCAGCCUCCAACAAAGUUCUUUGACCCAUACGGAGGUAAGCAGGGUAACGGCGUGCCUGUGAACUAUGAUACGACUGGGUCGCAGUCCAACCCUACUGUCUAUUCCGCGUCGCCUAUUGCCAGCACCCUGCCCUUCCGUACAGAGUCAACACCAGAGCACCAACAGCAACAACACUACCUCCCAAUUCAACAGCAGCAACAGCACCAGCAAUGGCAACAUUUUUUGCCAGAGGAACCUCCUGCGGCAAUUGGUGUGCCUAUCAGCGCUGCCUCCAAGAACCCUCAAUUCAUUCCCGAGUCCCCAUGA